AGCCAGUCCCCGUAACCCCCCCUCCUCCCACCUGCCAGACCGAAGCUUCAUGUUGGGCCUCAGCGACGUCCCAGGAUCCGCCAGUUCCCAUCCUCACCACCGCGAACCGUGUUCCAACAACGCCCAACGCGGGACGUCCCACCGCCACGGGGGCAACCACGGGGCCUCCCCCCGCCCGCAAGUCCCAGCGUCGUCCCAGCGAGUCCAGCACUUCCACCACCACAGCCCUCGCCCGAUCCAGCCUCGUGUCCACCGGCCGUCGUGCCAGUACCAGUCCUCUCGUCCGGUUUGCCACUCUUCCCCGAACCCCCACGGGACUUCACGGCCGCACGUACACUCUCCGUCGUGUCUCGUGCACCGGCGGCCGUUCGGGAGCAGCCCGGGAGGGGGGUCGCACGGACACGCGUUCCGACAUCUUCCAUCGUGCCGGUUCCAGAGUUCGCCCAGGCUUGACCCACCCGUGGAGCCGUGUGAACAGGUCGAAGGUCAUGACCUGACCUGUGAUGACCCUGAAGCCUGUUCGCAGGCUGACACACCGUGUGAAGACCAGCCUCCAUGUGAUAACGCUUCUGACUAAACUGGUGAUGGUCAUGAUCGUUGUUCCCCUGCGGUGGGAGUUCGGGGACAGUGCAGUCAUCGCCACACCGUGUGCUGCAGUCGGCUGUCCUGUUCACGGCUCCAGAACCCGCCGCCAUGCAGACUGCACCGACACCACUGCCAGUGUGCCGACUCUAACCCGGGUGCCCCUCCCCCCGGCUAUGCCUGGGUCGGACACACCCCGGUUCCCAUCAUGCAUCAGCGGCUCCUAGCUGUCCAACAGCGCAUGCAGGAGCAGCAGCGUCGGCGAAUGACAGCUCACCUCCAGAGUCGUCCUGGCGACCGAGCAGCUCAACAGCAGGCCAUGCAGUUCCACAUGCAGCGACAGAUGGAGGGGAGAACAUGGAGCGAACAGCCUGUUCCUGUGGACCCUACGGAACCGUACAUGGACGGAGGUCCGAUGGCACCGCAGGCUGAACACAGACACGUGCACCAGCACUGGCACCACUUCCACCCCUCCCCUCCUCGCAUGGCACCUUUCAACGUGCCACAUGUGCACGUCAACUAUGGACCAAUCCCUCCUCCCAUGAUGCACUUGCCCCCCAUGCCGCCCAUGCCGACCGGGAUGAUUGGCAGGCCGCUACACUUCAUGUUCGGCCGACCAACCUUCGAGGACCUUAUGCAGUUAGAACAACACCUCGGACAAGUCAACAGAGGUGCCUCACAAAGCACAAUCGAAAGAAACACAUUUCCAUACAAGUACCAGAAGCAUAAAGCAGCGUCUGCGGAGGAAGACACGGCCGGCUCAGCCGGUGAUGAGGAUGAGAAGUGUACGAUAUGUCUGUCUCACUUCAUGCAGGGAGAGGACGUCAGGGUAUUCGCUGUGUUCGCCCUGCUUGUGGCGGUCUCCGCCCGGCCUGAGAGGAACGACAUGAACGGUGGGACCGGUGGGAUGACCGGAGGGAUGACGUAUGACGGCUGCAUCCACAACGGGAACACGUACAACGUCGGCGACACGUUCGAGGAUGGCUGCUACAUCUGCGAGUGUCGCGGCGACGGCACCGGCUUCGUCUCCUGCCAGAGCAAACCAUGUCCCCCGAUGAACUACCACCCCGGCUGUGCUCCCGUUCAGGUCGGCUGCUGUUACGAGAUGCAGUGUGGAACCGGCACCGGUGGGGGCACAGUUACCCAGAUGCCAGUAGUGAAUGAUGUGUGCCAGGCUAACGGCCAGACUUACCAGAUCGGCCAGCAGUGGUAUAAGUUAAAAUUGAUGAGUUAAUAUUGAUAGUUAAUA